GCCGUUCAGCAGCUUCGCCGGGGACAACGCGAUGGACAGCUCGACGACAUUGACGACUCUUCACUCCCAGGACGUCGGACUGGGUCUGACGUCCUCCUGGGACUACUACGAGGGCCUGACCGGGCGAUUGAUCGACUCCCGAGGCGAGGUGGUGCUCGCUAGCCAGUACAGGCCUUGGGAGUCGAAGAACGCUGGUGGAGGAGGUGGCCCACCAGGAGAAGGUCUACCCAGCUUCGCCAGCCAAUUCACCGCCCCGAGCGAAGCGGAGCCGCAAUUGACGGCGCUGACGCCGUUGUCGCCAGCCUCGAUAUCGCACUCGCCGCCGGUCACGUCGGCCGUCGGUCUGCCGAGCUUUCACACCCUCGGUACGCCGCUCCCGGCACCGCAUCCUCAUCGGGGCAGCGUGGGCUACCCGCUGGUCCCGGCACCUGUACAGGCCCGCGAGGUGCCCGCUCUCCAACAACAGCUACUCGACGAGAGGCACAUACAGCUACUGGGCUCCAGCCCCGUACAGGCGUUUCCACCGCCGCCACCGGGUCACCCGCACCACACCGUGCUGACGGUGGUCAAGCCGGACUAUCCGCAGCUGCACCACGCCAACUUCCAGAACCCGAUGUCCACGGUGCUCGACUCGUCGCCCACCUCGAGGCCGAUCGGCAUCGACGGCAGGAAGAAGGAGCGCAGAAAAAUACGAGCUGGCUCCAUGGAGUCGGAGGACAGCGCCGGGGCAGGCAACGUCGAGAGUUCUGGACAGGUUGCCGCUGUUUCGUCCACCGCGAACAGGGGACCCCAUCAUAUGGGCGGUGGAAUCGCGGACGCCGACGGAGACGGAGGCCUCAGCGACAAGCCGGCCAAGAAGAAACGCAAGAGGUGCGGAGAGUGCAUCGGGUGCCAACGCAAGGACAACUGCGGGGACUGCGCGCCCUGCAGGAACGACAAGAGCCAUCAGAUUUGCAAGAUGAGGCGGUGCGAGAAGCUCACCGAGAAGAAGCACCUGUACCAUCUGCAGACGGGCGAGGGUGCGUUCAGGGAGAGGGGCAGGGGCAGAGGCAAAGGUGCAACCAGGAGUUAUCGAAAGAUCGCACGGCAAGUCAGUACACCGGACAGCGCACCUGCAGGCUUGGGUAGUCCACAGGCUGGCAUCGGUGGACUGCAGCAACAUCAACAACAACCGCAACAGCAAACGCAACAAACGCUACAUCAGCCGGAUCCCAUGCAGCAAUCCAAGGACAAUCUGAAUCCCGCGGCGAACCAGCAAACCGGUGCACUUAGAAACGGAAAUCCUCCGCCUCCUGUCGUUUCUAUGUUAAAUGUUUUUGUCCAGUCACCCGGAGUGAUGCCGUUCUACGGCGAUUCUGGCGCCGGCUUCCGGCCAGCAGCCGGUUUCGGGAACACUGUUUGGCACCAGGGAGUCACUCCCGUGGGAGCAGUUGCGGUUGAAACGUCAGCAGCACCAUGGCCACCUCAGCAGUUCAUUCAACAAAUUCCUGCUCCAAAUCAGCUCGAAGAGCUGAGGUAUCAUACUCAGUACACCGCCGCCGCUCCGUACCAUCCACAGCCAGUCGCAUAUCAGCAGCAGACUUUCAUUACUACGGAUCAGUCGGCAUUUCAACGAGCCGGAGCGACAGGACAAUACACAAUCACGGGGCAGCCCUCGCCCUUGCCACCAGUCGCCCCGCAAACUGUACCAUCGACAGCUCAGAGGCCACUAAACGGUCAAUUCAUGGAUCCCGCUGCUACUGCGACCCAAUCAGUCGGUUAUGAAAGGCAGGAUUACGUCAAUGGUUACCAACAACAGGACGUGACGAUGGCACCGCCGCCUUCAACCACGCCGACGAGUCGCAGUAGCUCGGUGCACAUGGACAACCAGCAGCAGCAACAAGCAUCUCAAGCGUCGUCGCAGCCCCAGCAACAACAGACCGACACUCAGGUGAAAGGUUUCGCGACGAUCGCAGCAAGCAAUGUGUCGGGAAACGAGAUGCCUGGGUAUCCACUUCAACCGGGCCCACAGAGUUUACACAACUCUAACGGAUAUCCAGGCUACGUGGAAAUGGGUCAACAACAAGUACAAAACCAAUGGCAGCCUCAGGUGGCUCAGCAGUCGCAUCAGCAGCAGCAACAUAUGCAGCGACAGCAUUCGGUGUCCGAUGCUGGCCAACGACACAUAUGGUCCGAUACUAGUACCGGCACGAAGAUGAACAACGUGAACAACAGCAUGAACUGGUCGGAUGGAACGAUGCAGCAACAGCAGCAGCACCAACAGAAACCUCCUCAGCAGCAGCAGCAGUCGAACAUGCAGAGCAACAGUAUGAAGCAGCAAGAGCAGCAACAGAGUAUGCAAAUGCAGACGCAGCAAGAAAUACCCAGGCCGGCCAGCCAUAUGAGCUGGGAGAACGGCAGCGUGAAGGAAACUCCGCAUACUCCACAGUCGUGGACAGACAAUACAGAUAAUCAACAGCAACAAACUCAGGGAAACUGGUCCCGGCAAAGUCCGAAGCUGAGGGACACGCAGAAUCCAAGAUUGACACCCUCUAGUCAACAACAACCUCAGCACCAAGGGUGGCUACAGCAUUCUCCGAAGUUGUCGGACCAUCAACAGAAUCCGUCUCACCAGAACGCCAGAAUGACGCCUUCCGGUCAACAGCAUAGUUGGCAACAGAGUAGUCCAGAGAUGCAGCAGAACUCGAACCAGUCGAAUCCGAGGUUAACGCCGCAGCAGACGCAACAACAGCAGCAGCAGCAACAGCAGCAGCAGCAGCAACAGCAGCAGCAGCAGUGGUCGCAACAGACGAAGAUCGAGAAGAAUCCCAGACUGACGCCGUCUAAUCAAAUGUCCUGGCCAGACACUCCAACUAGUCAAUCGAAUUGGUCGCCGAACAGUAUGAAAAGCGACGGCAGUCAACAACCUCAACAACAAUGGCCGGAUUCGCAGCCCAGCCCACGGAGAACGCCCGGUCAUCAGCCGGCGGCGUGGCAACCUCAGCCGCAAGAGAACAAAAUGGAGAACCAGAUGUCCUGGUCACCCAGCUCGGUCGCCGAGAAUCAACCCACAUGGGGACAACAGGCGACCAAACAAGACAUGCAGAAUUCCGGGGAAAGAGUGUUGUGGCAACAACAAACAACAGACACCGGGAAACCCAACGGGUUCCCGGAUAAUCAGGAUGCUCAGGAGAGUAACGUAUUUGCUCAAUCCAAUCGUGUUAACUUGAACAGUCGAUUAAAGUCGAUGAUACUGAACAAACAGCAGCAGCAACAGCAACAACAGCAACAGUUGCAGCAUCAACAACUUCAACAGCAACAAUCGCAGCAACAGUCCGCGCAUCAGAUGAGUCAUCAAGAACAGCAACAUCACAAUAUGCAUCAUCAGAUGCAGUCCCAGCACGUGAACAGCAACAGCGGGAACCGGGAUUAUCACAACGAGGACCGGAUGCGGGACUCGCACGAUAACUCGGACAAGAUGACGGAGAAACAACAGACGGAACAGUAUUUGAGCCAGUCGAACAUCAUCUCGAUGGCGCAGUCGAACGAAUCUUUGACCGGUAAUUUUUUAUUGCAUAGCCACCACCCUCGGGUCGAUAGUUUGCCCGACGGUGGUGGCUUAUGGGAAUGGUCAGGAGGAGGUAACAACGGCGGUGUUUUGUCCGAGAACGGUAUGACGGUCAUCGAGAGUCUGAUGAAAUUCGGCUCGGAGGAGAAAACCGUACUGGAGAAACCCUGCGAGAAAGAACAGCAAGAACAGCAGCCACAAUUGUGGAAGGAGGACGCGAAGAGCAACGACAAUCAGACCAUCGACGACAAGUCGUUUCAGAGGAGUCUAUGCCUGGAUCAGAGCAACAACGACGAGGUUUUCGAACAACGUCGAAGCAACGAAGACGAGGCGACACAGGUGUCGCUGAUCAACGAGGAGGACAGACCGUAUGUGGAGAGUACCGAUAAAACGACAUCUACGGAAACGAAUUGCGAUUCCUCGCAGAUCAUCAAGCAGGAGAACAUCGGCGAAUACGGUUGUUCGAGCUCCGAUUGCGUUUCACCGGCGGCCUCCUCGAAGAGCGAGAGCUGCGCGAAGGAGAUCAAAAGCGAGCCGGAUCAGAGGUCGCAGGAAAGCUCGAAUUACAAGUUCCGCGGUGACGGUGGUCCAGCCAAAGUAUCGCCAGGAGUCGGUUCUUGGUGCUGUCGCAGAGGCGGCACCGAACAACCGACGCCCGAACAUCUGCGAGACGGUUGUUGUCAAGGUCUUCAAACUAGGGACGAAAUUUUGGCCGACUCGGCAGACAAGUCCGACGUUAAGAACGAAGGUCCUCAGAGUCCGAGAAGCGCGGCUUCGACCACGACGAAAUUGCAAGAUCAUUUGGACAAGCUGAAGAACAAUGUCAGGACCGAAGUGCCGGACUGCAACUGCUUCCCCGCCGACAAAUGUCCACCAGAACCCGGCUCGUACUACACUCAUCUCGGGGCGGCUGCAAGCCUGCCUGACUUACGGAACGAUCUUGAAAGAAGAACCGGCCUUAAGGGAAACGCCAUAAGAUUUGAGAAGGUCAUCUACACCGGAAAGGAGGGAAAAACAACUCAGGGAUGUCCCAUGGCCAAGUGGAUACUACGACGAUCUGGUCUGGAAGAGAAGAUCCUGACUAUAGUGAAACACCGGCAAGGCCACAAGUGUCCUACAGCCUGGAUCGUCGUGGCGAUGGUAGCUUGGGAAGGUGUACCGACCCACGAGGCCGAUCGGAUAUAUUCCCUCCUGAGCCAUAAAUUGAAUCGAUUCGGUUUACCGACGACCAGAAGAUGCGGAACGAACGAACCGAGAACGUGUGCCUGCCAAGGCCUCGAUCCAGACACUUGCGGUGCAAGCUUUUCCUUUGGAUGUUCCUGGUCCAUGUAUUAUAAUGGUUGCAAAUACGCCAGAAGUAAAACCGUCCGUAAAUUUCGACUAUCAGUACGAUCAGAGGAACAAGAAGUCGAAGAAAGAAUGCACGUCCUAGCUACGCUUUUGUCGCCUCUGUAUCUCAGUCUUGCACCGGAAGCGUUCAACAAUCAGACACAAUUCGAGCGGGAAGCGAGCGAGUGUCGUUUAGGAUUCAAACCUGGCCGACCAUUUUCCGGUGUCACGGCUUGCAUCGAUUUCUGCGCGCACUCGCAUCGUGAUCUACACAACAUGAACAACGGAUGUACCGUGGUGGUUACCUUGACGAAACAUCGUAAUUUAUCUAAACCCGAAGACGAACAACUACAUGUACUUCCGCUUUACAUCAUGGACACAACGGAUGAGUAUGGAUCGAAAGAGGGACAGGAUGAGAAGGUUCGAGGUGGCUCCGUAGAAGUGUUAACAAAGUAUCCGUGCGAAGUGAGAGUUCGGUCGGUACCACUGCAGCCCUGUCGACGUCACGGUAAAAAGCGGAAGGAGGAUGAGCCGGACACGGUGAGCAAUAAAAAAGACGGUUCGAAGAACACGAGCGAGAAACUGAGCGACCAGAGCCGUGUCCCGGGUCACCAAGAAGCAGCGAAACCGCAAAUGAGGGAUGCACAGCUGUCCCUGGAAAUGGCGUCGAUGUUCGAAGGGAUGGACGCGCAGUUGCAGAGCUCUCAGGUAUCCUCUACCGUUCUUGACAGUCCGGUGUCCAUGUAUCAAGGUUGGGGUUAUCAGAACGAACAGCAGUGGGGUAGAAACGGUUGGCUGGAUCAACGAAAGAACAACUGGCUGAAUCCAUGGGGAGAAUACUCGUUCGGUGGUUUGGACAGGGAGGCGAAAGUUGACCCGGACAGCACCAGCCUGGACGAUACGAGGCCCAGGAGCGCCGUUUCUCAGGACGAACAUCGGCCAGGCUCGCGAAAUUUACCAAACUCCACCAUGGACUCGCCCAGGAAUUGUUAUCCCCAUUCGCCGAGAGCUCAUCCGAUCUCGCCGAGGAGUUCACACGCGGGAACACCCGGGGACGUAAGUUACGCGAUGUCGCCCAGAGGUUGCCCUCCCGCGCCGCAAGAUCAGAAGAUAGCCUCGCCGAGGAGCUCGGGGUACCCGGACACGGGCUACGGCCACGUGCCAACUUCCAGGAAUUACACGAACGUAUACGACAACAGGCAAGGUAGUGCGUCUCCAAAGACAGGCUGUACAAAUUUCCCGCCUCAUUUGGAUCAAAGAAGCGCUCUCGGCCGUACGAACCAACCGCACAACGCGAACGCUUUCCGGCAGAGUUGCGAACAGUCGAAAUUCCACUUCUCGAAACCUGCGCAAGAUUCUAGUCAGCAAAAGUACCAUACGACGCAGAACUACUUAGAGGCUCAAAAGUCGCAGACCGAGCAGUCGUACGCGAACAGAAUACAAGCUCACUACCCGUCGCACCCGGUUCAGUCGGUCAGAAACCAUCCGUACCAGGUUCAACACGAUUCGAACGUGGACGCGUACUCCGGGCUCCCGCCAGUAUCCCCGUGCAUGGACAACGCUAGUCAUAAAGCAUUCGGUGCUACGAAUACGGAUCUACUGCUUCACGGCGCGCCGCACCUUCCCCCGAACCACCAGCAGAACGGCGCUCAGAAUUUCGGACCGGAUCAGAGAAGAUACCGAGCGCAGAAGGGGCCUGAACAGAAGGUACCCGCGGCGAACCACGCGUCACCGGCGCCUUCCGAUCAGAUGGCUGGUUGGAACAUGUUGGGCACCUGGUACCCCGAUCAGUCGAAAGCUUACAAUCAACAGCCGAUGUACAACGACCAAAUCGCUUCCGAGAGAGGUCAUCAGCAACCCGUCGACCAUCAGAAGGGUCUGAACUGGAACGACAGAAUGCCGCAUCCGGAUCAGGCGAAGCCACCCUGUUGGGAAGCACCUCCCGAUCCUUCUCCAUUCCGAGUGCCAAAGGGCAGACCACCCUCGAGGACGGCGUCGAGCCAGAAUCCGAACGCAGACAAUACAUAUCAAAAUUCUUCCAAUAGAACGUUCCUGAAGCCACAAGAGCCGAUGCGCAGCGGCGUCUACGCGGACAGUCUGAGCAACGGCGUGCAGACUAUCGGAACGAUGCAUCAGAGUAGUCAACGGAAACCGGAUUGGCCAGAAGACAACAAGAUGAAAGAAGGAUUCGAGCACAGGCAGAACGUGGCGAAUCCGAACUCCAACUGUUUCCCGUGGCCAGAAGAGAUGAAACAAGUGCAAGACUUCCACGCGGUGCCAGCCCUGGGACACCCCCACGCUUCUUUCCCUCAGUACGGACCUUACCCGACGUACCCCGUCUUCGAGAAACCAUACUCCAACUCCUGGGAAGGCUACAACUACCACCAGGCCCCGUAUCAUCCUCAAACGCCGGACUACCCGCCGCAGUUCUAUCAGCAACCGAAGAGGGAAGCCUUCGUUCCGUCGCCGCAGUAUCCUUACCAAGGAGUACCUCCGUACCAAGGUCUGAAUCCAGGUUGGGCCCGGUGGGAGACACCCAGGUGGGACAUCUACGGACCACCACCGUACUUCCCGGUGCUUCCCGAACCACCACCGAAGGCAGAACCGCUCGGGGAAGUGGCGGACUACUCCGACAACGAGGAGUGCUUCAAGGAUUCGCAGAUGGGCGGAGUAGCGAUAGCUCUGGGCCACGGUAGCGUGCUGUUCGAGUGCGCCAAACACGAAAUGCACGCCACCACGGCUCUGAAGAAACCCAAUCGUCUCAAUCCGACCAGGAUCAGCCUGGUCUUCUAUCAACACCGUAACCUGAACAGACCCAGGCACGGUUGGGACGAGUGGGAAGAGAAGAUGAGACUACGCAAGUUGGGCGUCACGAGUACCACGUCCACGUCGGUUGUGACCACUUCGUCGUCCACUUCGCAGUCACUGUCCACGCCAUCGACUCCGACCAGCCCUGCCAGCGCCAUCGUCAACGAAAAAUCCACACCGCUUCCCUACAUACCCAGCGUCCCCAGCUCUCAGUUCAUGAUGAGGUCGCCCACGUACACCACCAUGACCUGGACCACGCUCUUUCCCAUGCAUCCCUGCAUGAUAACUGGCCCGUAUCAGGAAGGAGGGGCCAUUGGAUGAGUGAUCGUCGCGGGCUACGGUUCCGAUCGAUGACCAAGAACCGUGCCAAGUGUCGAUCGAGCAAGCUCGUCGGGCUGAAACACUGGACGGAAGCUCGCAUGAACAGCGACGCGUUCGCGAGGAGAAUCGCGAGGACGGAGAUACGAACGACAGAGAUUGUCGAGAGGGAUCAAAGACCAAAAAGGAUACAAGGAAAUAAUCAUAGUAGUUUUAAUUAAAGAAGACAAACCGUGAUCACGAGGGGCUUUCUAUUCUAACUAUCAUCAUUGUCCUAGACGAGUAUAGAGUUUACCGAGAGAAACGAGGAUAACACGUUUGCACUGCCAUUUUUCUAUUUCAUGUUUUUUCGGGGAAUAUAAUAAACGUUGCAACAGAAAACGGGAAUCAACGGUAACGAGAAAACUACGAGGGAUAAAAGCAGAGGUUACAGGUUCGCAAACUGAGAGACACACGGGAUUCUAUUCUAAUCGGGGCUUCCCUUUUUAUAUCGAUCUUUUACACAUACGAGAUGUUGCGACACGAGAGGAGACUAACGAGGAUUUACACGAAGCGGAAGAAGAACGAAGAGGAAUACGCGAAACGACGUUCGCGGUCUCGUAACGAAGGAAACGAAGGAAGAGUGUAACGCAUCCGAUUGUAUAUUUUUAAACGAUUUCGUGUUUGUUGGUAGAGUCGUAAUUCGUAUUUAGCUAGUCCAAGCCUAGACGACAGGUUUUUAUCGCGACGUUACACGCAGUGGCAGACACGUAACGCUGACAUGUACCGUUGUACAAAGCUGGAUCACACGUUGUAUUUAGAGUGACGCAGAGGCACACUUUUUAUCCGCGCAUUCCUUUUUCUAAACACGUUUGGUCGCAUCCAUCCACACGGCCAACUAUUCUAACGACCAAAUUGUCCGUUCGAUCAACACCGUAGGUUUUACACCCACGCCCACCUUUAUCCAUACAACCACCUUUCGAGCCGCGUUUGUUUCGAAUCGAUUCUGUUUUUGUACAGGUCAUCAUGCACAAUCUCGAGACGAGACGACCGCGUAUACAAAUUUUGCGGUGGUUCGCCAUAGAUUCACGUGACACACGCGUACAUAUAUAUAUUAUAUACAUAUAUAUAUAUAUAGACACAAGAAAAAUGAUCUCAAGUUUUUUAAGCUAAUUAAUUAAACGAUAAUUAUGGACGUUUGAUUCCUUUUUCUUCCUCUCUCUCUCUUUUCACUCUUUCUAUUGUCUACUUCUAUUUAUCACAGUUAUUCGCAUAAUCGAAUUUCAUUUUUACUUUGUUAUAAGACACAUGUUCUUAUUUUUUUAAAUAAAAAAUAUUUUUGCAUCGAGUUGCAAGCUUAUAAGGCAUACGAAUGUUCUCUUUUUUUAAAUAAAAAAUAUUUUGCAUCGAGUUGCAAGCCAUCAAGCUUAUGUUCAUAAUUUUUAUGUUUGAUCAUGAAAGUUGAAAAGCAUCACCUGGAAUCAUGAUAGAAUAUGCAGAUUAAAAA